AUAAGUCAUACCGACACAGUCAUAUAUAACGUUGUUUUUAAUAGUUAAAAUGUAAGAGUUAAUAAUAUUAAGGUGAAACUGUAAAUUGUAUUAUAACACAUACAGAACCACUGACGAAGAUAAAAAGUAAUUUUCAACAUCCAAAGGAUAAUCAGAGAAGCUAUGCAAAGAGGGAUUAUUCAAAAACACUAAAAUGUACAUGUUGUGGUAGAAAUAAUCAUUUAUUUUCUCAAUGUAAGUAUAAAGAGUAUUCAUGUAAUUUGUGUAAACGUGUAGGUCAUUUNAUUAAUUGGCAGGAAGCUUUGAUAAAUUACUACAUUUAAAAGGUAUGAAUCAAAUAAACAGAAUUGAACCAAUAAAUGUUAAAUUAGAAAUUGAAGGAAAACCUGUAGAGAUGGAAUUGGAUACUGGGGCAUCAGUCUCAAUAAUUUCUGAAUAUGAGUAUAAUAGAAGUUUUAGAGACAUUAAGCUAGAGACAAAUGGGUUGAAACUGCAAUACUAUACAAAGGAAAUGGUAGAUACAUUGGGACAUAUUCGAGUGAACAUUAAACGUAUGUUCUAAAGGGACGAGGGCCUAUGUUUUUAGGUAGAGAGUGGUUAAAAAAUAUGGAUAUUUUAUCAAACUUGUGCUCUAACAAAUGUAAGCAAAUAAAACCAUUAUUCAAUAUAAACCAAAACAAUAAAGGAAGUGAAGUUAUCAAAAGAUUUUCUGAAGUGUUCAGUGAAAAGUUAGGAUUGUAUAAAGGAGAAGAAAUUGAAUUAGCACUAGUAGAAGGAGGGAAACCAAAAUUUUUCCAACCCAGACCUUUACCACUUGUAUUAAAACCUAAAGUAGAAGCAGAAUUAGAACGAUUAGAAAAAGAAGGUAUAAUUAGUAAAGUUAAAUAUAGUUUAUGGGGUACACCCAUAGUACCAGUUAUUAAACCUUCCGGAGAUAUUCGAAUCGGUGGAGAUUAUAAAGUUACAGUUAAUCAAUACUUAAAGUUUGAAAGAGAAAUUGUCCCUAGAAUUGAAGAAUUAUUGGUAGGUAUUAAAACUAAAGGUAAGUUUUCUAUUAUCGAUUUAAGCCAGGCAUACCUUAACUACCUUAACUACCUUAACGGCAUAACUACCGCUUAACCCAAAAUCAAAGGAAUUGACAGCAAUAAGCACCCACAAGGGAGUAUAUAUUUAUAACAGAGUACCUUUUGGUAUAAAUGCAUCGGUAGGCAUUUUUUUUAAACAGAUUUGGUGAAAAAUUAAAACAGAUACCAAACAUAAGAGUGUAUUUUGAUGAAAUACUAAUUUUUGGUGACAGUGAAGAAGAACAUUUUGAAACAUUAACAGAGGUUAUUGACCUGAUUAAGUCUUUAGGUCUAACAGUUAGAAAAGAAAAAUGUUUAUUUUUUGAGAAUCAAAUUAAAUUUUUGGGAUACAUAAUAAAUAGAGAAGGUAGUAAACAGGAUCCCGAGAAAAUUAAAGCCAUAAAUUUAAUGACUUACCCUAAAGAUAAAACGCAACUACAAGCAUUUUUAGGUUCAAUAAAUUAUUAUAGGCAAUACAUACCACAAAUCUCAACGAUUCAAGCACCUCUCUCAAAUUUACUAAAGAAAGAUGUACAGUUUAAUUUUAACAGAAAUUGUCAGUUAGCACUUAAUCAAAUUAAAAGGGAAAUCAUAUCUGAUAGGAUUUUAAAACAUUUUGAUCCAAAUCAGGUGACAAUUCUUACUUGUGAUGCAUCAGUUUAUGGUUUAGGUGUGGUAUUGUCGCAACUAGAUGAUGAAAACAAAGAACACCCUGUGGUGUUUGCUUCAAGAACUCUGAACUCUGCAGAAAAAAAUUACAGUCAAGUUGACAAAGAAGCAUUGGCAAUUAUAUUCGGAGUAAAUAAAUUUAAUAAUUUUUUUUGGGGGGCAAUUUGUCAUUAAGUGUGUUGUCAUUAAUCCAAUUUGUAACAUCAAAUAGAAAUAGUGCAGAUGGGUUAUCCAGAUUGCCAGUGGAUAUAGGAAAAGAAUGUGGUGCUGGAGUGUCAUAUUUACAUUAAGUGGAUGAAAUGAAGGUUUUAAAUGCAAGUUUAGUUCAGAAAGAGACUAAUAAUGAUCCAUUAUUAAGUAAAGUGAAGUAUUAUAUAUCAUACGGUUGGCCAGAAAAAGUCAACAAAGAAUUAGAGGUGUUUAGACAUAAACAAGAACUGCUGAGCUUAGAACAAAAUACUAUAUUGUGGGGACACAGAAUAGUAAUAUCAAAGAGCAUACAAAAUAAAAUUCUGGAGGAGUUACACUAUAAUCACUUAGGGGUGGUUAAAAUGAAAUUGAUUGUGAGAGGUCAUUUAUGGUGGUUAGGCAUCGAUAAAGAUAUUGAAAACAUUGCCAGCAAAUAUGAUGAUUGCAAUAAGGUUAGACCCAUGCCAGGAAAAACAAGAAUACAUACAUGGGAGUGGUCACAAAAUCCUUGGCAAAGACUCCAUGCAGACUUUUUAGGUCCAUUUAAAGGACAGCUAUUUUUAAUUAUAGAGGAUGCAUACUCAAAAUGGCUAGAAGUAUUUAAAGUCCCUGUGAAUGGAGCUCAAUACUCAAUAGAUAUAUUUAGGAACUUGUUUGCAAGAUAUGGGUUACCUGAAUAUCUAGUAACAGAUAAUGGCCCACCUUUUACUUCUGUACAUUUCCAACAGUUUUUAAGGGAUAAUAGAAUAGGUCACAGGACAUCUUCUCCUUACUAUCCCCAAAGCAAUGGACAGGUAGAAAGUGGUGUAAAAAUUAUUAAAACCUUCUUAAAAAAGAUUAAAUUAUGUGACAGUAAUAAGCGAUUAGAUCAAUUUGUAUUUGACUAUAGGAUUGCCACACAUACCACAACCAAAGAAAGUCUGGCUAAGUUAUUGUUAAGUAGGAACCUAUGUUCUAGAUUUGACAUACUCAAGCCUAAUAUUAGAUUAAGUGUCUCUGAUAAUCAGGAAAAACAAUUGGAGGGUAAAACCCUGUUGAGAGAGUUUAAAAUAAAUGAAAUUGUACUAGUGAGGGAAUAUGCAACAAACAUGUGGAUUAGAGAAAAGAUCAAACAAAGAGUAGGUAGUGUAUUGUAUUUAAUCGAACUAGGAAACGGUACAGUACAUAAGAGCAUGACAUACAUAGACCAAUUAAUAAAACUGAAGGAUAUGAAUAAAGCUAAAUAUUUAGAUAAAACUGAAGACUAAGGAAAUUAAGGAUAUAGUUGAAACUGAGAACGCUGAGGAAGUAAGAUAUCCAAAAAGGAUUAAAAAACCAAUUGUUAAAUUAGAUUUAUAAUAAUAAAAUAUUUGUUUUUAUUGAAAUUUCAUGUUGUAGGUUAAGUUUAGUUUUAGUUGUUAGUUUGAAUAGAAAUUAUANUACAUAAAACUUAGACACGUAAAACCUAUAUUAUGAAUGUUCAAUGUACAUAGUAUUUUUAAAGGUAGAAGUGUUAUGAUAGUAGAUUAUGUAAUGUGUGUCAUAUCGACACAGUCAGUAUUCACUAUAUAACGUUGUUUUUAAUAGUCAAAAUAUAAAAGUUAAUAAUAUUAAGGUGAAACUGUAAAUUGUAUUAUAACACAUACAGAACACCACACAUACAAAAUAUUAGUUUGGCACCACAAAUUAUAAGUAGUUAAGUAUUAGUUUGAGAUAAACACAGACUUGUAUAAAUAAACAUAGACAUAUUUUUUGUAAAAAAUACAUACAGCUUAUAUUUAAUUUAGCACACAUUAUAUUAAUAUCUACAACUAUUUAUGAAGAUAGCUGUUAAAACUAUAUAUGGAGGUAAAGGACUAGGAUGGUCAAUCCCAGGUAUUAUUGGAAGAGUUCAGUAUAUUGCAAAAAGAAAUAAGACACAAUUAAUAAAAUAAAAUAAUGAUACAAAUCAUUAAAUUAAAAAAACAAUAAUAUAAUUUAAAUUAAUAUAAACAUAAAAUUAUGGAAUAGGUAAAUAUAGUUUACUGCAUACUUGAUAUGUUUUGUACUUUAUAUAAAUGAAAAAAAAAAUGUGUUUUUAUUUCAAUCAAAUAUAGUUUGUCAUUUUCUCUUAUUCCAUCUUUAAAAUGACAACUGCAUCGUAUUAUUUUUUUGAAGGAUAUGUAUCUGCUCUCCUGUUGUGCAAAAAGUUGUAUAAUCCAAAAUAAAUAUAAGCUUUAAUUUUUAAUCAAUUAGUAUAAAUUUUAUAUUUAUGAGUAUUUAACAUAAUAUAACUAUUUAAAAUGUAAUUCAUUUCACAGAUUUAGCUUAAACUUUACAUUCAACAUCAUUUGCUGGAUAUCUAAAAAACUUGCUGGUUUCUCUGUUGAAAAUGUGAGAACAUGACGUAAUCUAGCAUUAAACAAUUUUGCACUAUGGCAAUAAUUAUUCAACAAAUUUUAAUUUGGAUUAAAUAUUAUGUAAAACUUGUUCAAACUCUUCAAAAGGAAAACCAGUAACACUUAUUGUACGUUUCACAAAACUAGCGACUCCGCAGUUACACUUCCACUGCCAAAUAUUUUUAUAACCACUAUAUAGGUACCAUAGAUACUCCAUGAUAAACACACAGUCGCAUGGCAAUUGGUGAACAUAUUACUGUUAAUAACGACCACAUUAUUUUGUUAGUAUGUUUACUUCGUUCGAGUUAUCUAGACGAUUUAUUUUAUUGACAACUUUAUAACUUUAUGACUUUAGUACGACUAAUCAGUGAGUUUGUAUUGUGGUUGCAUUGCAUUGCUUGGAACACCGAAAUUUCGUUACCGGAAGCGCCACUGCGGAGUCGCUAGUUUCGUGAAACGUACUGUAAUUGACAAACUGAAGACUGAAAUAAAUCAAUGUGCAGGCAGUAUACAGGCAAAUAUACAUUGCAUACUUAACAUAACUUGGCAGGAAGAACAAGGAAUAAUGAAACCAAAGACGAAAAUAUUACGUUUUAUAAGUGAGUAUUAAAUUAUUUGGUGGAUACAAAAACUAGUACAAGUAUACUUGAUUUCCAGAUUUCCAAAAAAAGAUCUAUUAGAGACAAAUAGUAUUCCUUAGUCAUUGAAAAUUGUUUAAAUACACAAAAAUGAACAAGUAUUUUGUGAUAUCACAUUAAAAAUUAUCUUGUUAACCAAGGAAAAACCACAACCAUGAGUUAAUGAUAAUGUGUUAUCAGGAAAAAUUUUUCAAGCAUUCAAGCUCGUUUGUUAUAAGUUUUAUUGUGAAAUAUUUAUUAUAUUAUAUAAAUAUUACAAAAGACUUAGUAGUUUACUAGUUAUUAUCAUCCAAAUUCCUAGUCCAAUAUUAUGUUCAUUGGAUUAGGUAUCGCAUAAAAAACAAAAGUAAUCGUUUUUCUCAUAAAUUUCAAUACUCUGUUCUUUAGGAAUACAGUUCAGAACAAAAACUUCCAAUUAUUAGCAGUUAAGAAUCACCAUACAGUUCCAGUUCAACUAACUACAUAUCUACAUCCUUCCGUCCUAAACAUACAUAAAUUAAUUCUUGAGCAAAUAGAAAAUAGAAAAUUAAGUAAGUAAUACUGUUUCUCAAAUAAACAAAGGUGAAAAUUAAAUUAAUAAUAUUUAUUAUAUUAAGAAAGAAUAGUGAAUUUGAACAUCCACCACAGCAGCAGCAUCAUCAGCAACAGCCACUACCAAUUUUCAAAUAUCCAUCAAAAAAAUAUGACUUCAAAAUCAUAUACUGCCCAAAGUAGGCUUCAAAAAUAUCCUAAAAAGUGUGAUGAAACAUUGAAUAAGGUUGAUGAAGGAGUUAAAAAUUUAACUGUUGAAGAGUCUGUGCAGUUAAUUGAAGUUGAGAAUGAUCCAUGUCUUGAGGUACAUGACAAUUAUGACUAUGUUGGUGAAUUAAAAUUCUAUUUAAAAAAUUUAAACUUGCCAGAACCCUCCUAUGAUUGUAUGAUAAAAAAAGAAAAAUAUGAUAAAACAAUAAGACACAUAUAUAUAAGUACAGUUAAGGCAAUAGACAAAAGCUCUAGUUCUUACCCAGUUGAAUGUAAAACUGUGGUUUAUGCUAAGCAAGUUGCUGCAAAGAAAAUGAUAGCUAUCUUAAAACCCAAUUAUGGUGAAAGUAUGGUUUAUCAUAUUACAAGUGAUAUUAACAUGAUGGCAGUUCGCAUUAAAGAAUUGUUUAAAUCUGAAUUUAAACCUAAUGGACUUAUGAGUAGUGAAUUGGAAGAAAUGUAUAGAGAGAAAUUUCAAGAGCAUUUGCCGCAUAACUGGGUUCAACUUUUAGAAGUUUAUAGUUAUUUUAAAUUUGAUAAGUUAGUUGCAAACAAAAUCAUUAUAUAUCUGAAUGAAAUGGAUAGUGAUUAUUGUCAAAAUAGUCAUGCAAAUAUAAAUGAAUACCUAGAAGUGCCUGUUGAAGAACAAAACAAUCCAGGUAUCCCAUUAACAUUUAAAGAUUAUGAAGAAAAAUGUAUCCUAGUUUCUGCCAACUAUGGUGCAAAUAACAUUUGGAUAAAUUUUGUUGGACCAAGUGCAGAUGUAAACUUUAUUAAAAUGCAAGCUAAAUUCAAUGAUAUAAUGAACACUACAUAUAUAAAUAUUGUUGAACAAGUGACUGAAGGUAAAUACUAUGCUGUGUUGUAUAAUUCAACUUGGCAUAGGGUGCAAAUUUCUAGCCCUAUAGGAGAAGAUGGUACAGUUGCGUGUUUUAUGGUAGAUACCGGUGACCUAUAUAAUAUAUCUAAGGAUGAAAUAUGUAACCUUGAACCGGUAUUUAUGAAAACUAAACUUCAGGCUAUUAAAUGUAUACUAACUGGCUUGGAUAAUUUUGAUACAUUUGAUGGUUUACAAGAAAUAUUAAAUGAAAUGAUAUUGAAUAAAACAUUCUUUGUUGUACCUGAUUCAUUAGAAGAUUGUGCUAGGGUUACUUUAUAUGAACAAAGAAAAACAUGUUAUAGAAUCAAUGUAAAUACUAUGAUAAAACAACAAUUAAUAGAGACGACUAUUAUUAAGCUUCCAUCUUUUGAGGAACAAACUGUUGUGGAAGGAAUUGUGUCAUCAUUUGUGGAGUCUGGACAUUUUUAUUUACAAUUGAAUUCUAAUGUUAUUUCUUCACUCAAAAAGAUCUUGCCAAAUGAUGAAAGCUUGGGUCCAGAAUACUUUUUAAAGAGCAAAGAAGAUAUUGGAGUAGAUCAGGUAUUCUUAAUGAAGUAUGAAGACGAUAAUCUUUGGUACCGUGUUCAUGUUAUUGAAAUAAUAAAUGAUUUUGAGGUCAAGGUAAUCUGUAUUGACUAUGGUUAUAUCGCAAAAUGUGAAAUUAACAAAUUAGUUAAAUUGAAAUUGUUUGAUUCUUUAAUGGCCAUUAUUCCACCUCAGGCUAUGAAAGUAUCAAUGAAUUUAUUACCCCCUAGUAUCAUGACAUCGGAUAUCGCAAAAAAGGUAUUUGACAUUAUAGGAAAUGAUAAGGUUUUAGUGAAUGUUGUUAAUGCACCUAUAAAUGAUGUACCUUAUGUUCAACUUUACAAAACUACAUCUGCUGAUAAAACAACAUUUUGUAUAAAUAUACAAAUAGCUCAAAGUUUAAAAAAACAAUAAUGAACCAUAUUGAUUGAUUUUUUUUUUAUUAUUAUAUUUGUAGGUAUUUUUAUAAUUUUGAUCUCAUGUCGAUUUGAUCAUUUAAGAAAAAAUUAUUAUUUAAUAUAUUUUUUUUAUUAAUUAUGUAUAUAAAGUUAGUUGUGUGUUUUUAUACAAUAUCCUUCAUUUAAUUUGGAGAGUGCUAUAAAUUAUAACACUUAACAAUUUUUAGUUUAAAAUUAGUAUUUUGUUAUUAUAAUUGCAAUUUUGUAUACAAAUUUAUAAAUGUUAUUAUUAUACUCCUAUUAUAGUAUCUUUAGAAUCUAUGUACUAUAUACAUAUAAUAUAUAUUAUGGAAGAUCAUAUCUCGCAUGGAAUAAAUUAAUGAUAAAUUUUUAGUAUAUACAUAUAAAUGAUAAAUAAAUAUGAAAAACUUCUGCAAUAAUCAAUUAUUGUAUACACCUCAUAACUCUCAAAAUUUUAUGUUAAAUGACCCCUUUAAUAUAUGUACAUUGUCUAUGAAUUAUAUAUUAAUUAAUUAAUUAAUAGAGUGUACAAGUUAUGAUAUAAGUAUAUAAUAAGUAUAUAAGUUUAUAUAAUAUUUUAUAUUAUCAACAUAAUUUUGAUUCUUUUUUUCUGGCUCUUGAUUGUUUUUUGCAUUACCUAUUUUAUUCUUGUUUAUAAUGCAAACAAAUUACUACUACACUAUUUUAGUAUUCAUCACAAAUUUUUAAUAAUUAUAAUAUCUGUGAGUGUUUUUUCAAAAUUCAGCAAUUCAUAGACAAUAAUUUGAAGAUAUUUUUUAGUGAUUAAAAUAUA